GCGCCGGGCGCUCGCCAAUGCCCGGGCAGCGAGGGCGGUGCCUGCUGGAGCCGCCGCGCCGGCUUGACACGGGCUGCCGAUAGCGCCGGAGCCGGGCGAGUGUCAGGUUGGGCUGGCGGGACUCUGCCGCCCCUCGAGAGCCGGCGCACAAUGGCUGACAAUAAAGCGAAGUCAACCAAACCUGUGAAUAAGACUCCUCCAAAGUCUCCUUCAGAUCCAGCAAAGGACCGAGCAGCAAAACGGUUAUCCUAUGAUUCAAACAGCUCCCAUGAGGGAGCUAUGGCAGGAGAAAUAAGUGCUCUGGAAGAGGCCUUUAGAAAAUUUGCCAUCCAUGGUGAUACAAGAGCCACAGGAAAAGAAAUGCAUGGGAAGAACUGGUCAAAGCUAUGUAAGGACUGUCAUGUGAUAGAUGGGAAGAACGUGACAGUUACAGAUGUUGACAUUGUCUUCAGUAAAAUCAAGGGAAAGUCUUCCAGAACUAUCACUUUUGAGCAGUUUAAGGAAGCUCUUCAAGAACUCUCCAAGAAGCGAUUUAAAGACAAGAGUGAUGAGGAAGCAGUUCAAGAAAUAUAUAAACUAAUUGAAGGAAAAGCCCCGAUUAUAUCUGGAGUAACGAAAGCCAUUUCAUCUCCAACUGUAUCACGCCUUACAGAUACAUCAAAAUUCACGGGUUCUCACAAAGAGAGGUUUGAUCCCAGUGGGAAAGGAAAAGGCAAAGCUGGCCGAGAAGAUCUGGUGGAUGCUUCAGGAUAUGUAUCUGGCUAUAAGCAUGCAGGCACAUACGAUCAUAAAGUACAAGGAAGCAAGUAAGGCUGAGAGUUUACAACAUAGAGGGAGAAAGAGAGGGGGAAAGAGAGUAUAUUUUGUCAGAAUGAUGUAGAUGAAUCCCACAGGUUUUGGUCAUUGUGAACGCUAAGACUAUGUUGUCAAGAAGUUGUUUUCAGGAACUGGAACUGAUUUCAACAUCUGCUGAGCUACCUGCAGCACAACACCACUUCGUUACAUUCCUCAUGCGUAUAUUGGCAAAAAUAAAUAUAUUGGUACAAAAAUUACAUCAUUUUGUUGAGCUUUCGACAAAAAAAACCCAAACCAACAAAGUCAAGAGCAGUUAUACUACACUUUGUCAAUUCAAGCAAAAGGUCUCAAACAUUCCUAAAUGUCCAGUUGCCCUGAGGAUGUUGAAGAGAACCUCUUUAAAAGAGGGUCUUUCAUAGCAGUCUUUCUGAAGAAUAUCCCAUUAUUUACACAGCCUGAUUGGACUACUAUUUUGGGGCUUUUUUAAAAUGUCUUAUACAGGAUCUGGCACUCAAAACAUUCAACAAUAUACUAUUGGGGAGUAAGUGGUUGUAAUAUACAAGGUGCUAGCCUGUAAAUGUCACGCACCACUCAUGAAAAACUGAAAAAAAGCUAUUUCUAGGACAAUAUAGGUUCUAAACUAUUUUACACCAACAGAAAGAGGUGGAAAAUACCAGCCCUUACUUUCCUCCUGUCUAAACUUUGUGCUUGUUACUGUGUGUACUGUAGCAUGGUUCUUACUGGCUAGAUUUGGAUGGAGCUAUUGUACUAACCUGAGAGGUGAGGAACAAGUCAUUACUAAGUCUAUUAAAGCUUUUUGCAGUCUGUUUUCAAGUUUGCACUGCCUCACAUUUGAAAUGAAGGGGGCAUUAAGCUAAUAAUGCUUUAAAAUGUUACGACUAAACACUGCCAAUCAGAUUGCUAUGAAGUGAAUGUUAUUAUGCACGUACAUUGGCACAUACUCUUUUUAAGCUAUAACAUAUGUCAGGAAAGUUUAUGACCCCUCGGAAUAAGGACAUUUACAAUUAAUAUCCAUGUAAUUAGUUGCAAUUUGCCCACAAAAAUAUACUAUUAUAGCUGGGCUACAUUUUAUGUUAGAUUUGGUUGAAGCCAAGGGAUUUGAUUCUCUGUUCGCUUUUGCUGCCCAACUUGGGAGCAAUAGUAUUGUUGGGCAUGGCUUUCCUUGCUGUAGAAGGAGAACCAAUUCCACAGGCUUAAGGUACAGGCAGCUGAGUGUGACCUGCCUGGGACCCAGAGUGCCAAAACAGCUUAAUAGGAAUAAAAAUAACCCAUUUUUUAUAUUGGUUAAAAGGCAGAGAAAAGGCUGGUCCAAUUUUCCGCAAGAACUGAAGAAGUAACCUAAUGUAUUACUCUGCUUCUCUAAAAUUUUGAAAAAUAAGAUUUUCAGGAUUCAAAACCAGCCCCUAGCAGUUUUGCUUUGCUUGCUUUCAAAAAGAGCUCAUGCACUGAUUUUCAUGUUCAACUCUGAAUAAAGGUUAAUAAAUGUAUUGCUCUCACCCAACCCAUAUCAGCACCCCCCUCAGAGUACACAAAAUUUAAUGAGCAGUGUGUGCCGUCAUGUGCCAUGCAGGUCAACAGUCUGUAUUAGUCCAAUGUCCGGUAACAGAGCACUAGUUUUCAGCCCUUAAACUGUUGAUGUUUUCUCUUUCUAACAUUGAAUACAAGCCUUUCUUGUAACUUUGCCACCAAUGACCCUUUGAGCCCAUACAUCAGCCUGAAACCAAAACAACAAUAGCAAACAAAGGCAAGGACUUCCUUGUGGACUCAGAGGUUUUUUUCUUUGUUUAUAAUUUAUUUUGUCUUUUGUUUUGAAGAGGGAGGGAAUUUUGCCAAAACUCAGCACGUGUUCUUGUAAAGACUUAAAUGGUUGGCUCUGGUUACCUGGGAAGAUUUUUGAUGUAUGUAAGGAUGCUCAGGAUGAGAAGCAUCCAGCUUUGUAAAGCCUUUCCAAGAGUUACCCAUUGUUCUUGAAGAAAAAUUUCCAUGGAAUGAAGGAUUACCCACUCCUGUGUUGCACUGGUGACCUGUCCCACUCUGAGGCAGAAAAGAGCAUACUGUGAUACCAACAAUAGCUAAAUUAUUCCAGCAUAGUAGUGAACUAAAUGUAGAGAACCUUAUUCUACAUCACCGGUACCUGUGCACCUGAAGAAAGCUCCAAGAUAGUCCUGGUUUUUAUGAAUAAAAAGGUUAAGCCUCUAACCCUUGGUAAGUCCUUCAGCUAAGUUACAGACAAAACCAGCGUCCCUCUUCUUCCCAUUGACUUUAAGACUUGACUCAUAACUCACUGGUAACUGAAAAGGUCUGGAUCAGCCCGAAUGAAGGAUGAAGUCCAGUCAACUGCAGAACCCUUUCAGCACACUAUUGAUGUGGCUGUUUGUCACUAGCUGGCUGCCUUGUCUGGCACAUCAGGUGGUACUUAACCUGAGGUGCAUAAGUGCCAGGUUUUCUGAAGUACCCAAAUACUGAGUGUCAGUAAUGCCAGGCUGUUGCUACACAGGAGGAGUGAUUGGUUAGGAAGAUUUUAAGGUAUAACUAGGUUUUAAGUUGUUAGUUUACAGUGUGAGAGAGACCAGCAUGCUCAUAAGAUAGAAGGCAUGCAAAGGAAUGGAGAAUGUGACAGAUCCAAGCUGACGCUGGCUAGAAAUUGAGCUACUCUCUUUGCUUAGAAGAGGCUGAUGGAAAUAGCUGGGAUUCUGACAGAGUUUACUUUGCAUUACUUGUACAUUAUAAAAUCCUUAUCACGAACCAAACCACUUUAUAUGGACCUGAUGGAAAGUUUUUUUAAAUACUUUCGGUUGCAUGGUAAGCUUUGGAUCAGGACCUGAGGAGAUGCUUCAGCUAGCAGUAUUUUAUUUUGAGGAACACACUUUGUUUAUUCUUCAUUUCUACAGUUGGAUAGUUUUAAAAUUCAAUCAAACAGAUGCCUGAAAAGAAGUCACUCUGAUAUCACAGUGACAAAGGGAAGUUGUAGCUGGAAAGAUAGUACUUUGGAAAGAUUUUUCCCUUUUACUGCACUUAAUGUGGAAGAUAAGAGCUAUAAGAGGAAUAAAACCACCACAUCCAGCUUUGUAUUAGGGGUUCAGACACCUCCUUAAGCUCUUACUUUUCCACUAAUAUAUGUAGGAAGUCAAAAGCCUAAAUACUAGCUUGAAUGUUAGCCAUAAGUUCCAGGCCUGCUUAGGAAUGAGGCAAAGUACAUUUUCUCAUUCAUCUGUCAUUCCCUCAACUCUCAGGACAGCACGUACAGCUGAUACCUCAGAGAUGAGGGGAAGAGGUAGCUCAGGAGGUGCAGGAUGUGACCCAUUUUCAGCUCUUGAAGUGUUGUAGAACAUAUGUUUUUCCUGUGUACCAUACUCCUGACUGUAACUAAAUGUCACGUCUGAAGUAAGUACAUGGGUACCUAAUAGGGUUUACACUCAUCUCCUUUUUUGGGGCAUCUCAACUCAUUCCAUCUAACUUUCCCGUCUAAUUUUCAGCAUCUUAUACCAUGCAGCACUCUUCUGUGUGACGUCUUCUAUAAUAACCUGUUGUUCCUAAUUAUCUUUGCUUUCAUGACUACUGAACAUGCUACCAAAAGAAAUGUGAUCAGAAAGUUUAGUAGCUUUUAGCAAUAAAAACCUUAAAGAACAAACGCAAAUUACACUGUUCAUUUACAAUUAAAUCCUUAAAUACUAUGGCAGUACACAGUCUUACCUGUAUCUCCACUGAGGCUUAACCUGACCAUCAAAGGCUUUGCAAGAUUGAGGACAAGAAAUAAAAAUCCUCACUGAGGCUAAAGAGUAGUCUUUACAACUAAUUUUCUAAAGGUAACCUAGUUUUUAAAUAAAAUACCCAGAAGUCAAAUGGGUUUUCUUAUUAGUGAUUGCUUACUAAUUCCCUCUAGUCACUCCCUGUGCUUCAGUUACUUGUUGAGAAUUUUGCAACAAUCUUAUCAAUAUGGAAAUAUCAGAAACAAAAAAUUAUUGUCCUGCUUUUUGCGGCUAUCAAAGCUAUCACAAUAGUGUUACUGAGAAGCAGACAUUAAAAAACAUACAUUCUUUCAACAGUCCUAUGUGAACAGUUGUCAGUAAUUGUAAUCAAAUAUUUGGAAUCCCAAAGGAAAUGGCUAAGAUCUAGCCACUUUUUCCUUUUUUUAAACCUACAAUAUUUCUUAUCUCUUUUUCACUUUAGGGAAGGGAAAGGGAGAUUUCAGAACUACUCACAUGUCACAACUUGUGUUCUUCAUCAGCAUAGAGAUUGUCCUUCAAAGAUAUUUUGGAUUGAAGUACAAUAUUUUCCAUGUAUUUUACUGAGCUUCCCUAAAUUAAAAAUUCUUCUGACAACUUUUUGCAUUAUAGAAAACUUUGCUCAUGAAGUAGCAUUUCAGUCUCCCAUAUUUUCCCUUGGUUGGCUCAAUUAAUAUUUUUUAUGGUAGCUGGAAAUAGCCAGAAUUAAAAGGCAAAUGACUGCUCUGGGUUUGGCUUGCAAGUGAUAGGUAUCCCAGCCAUCUGUAGAGAAAAUCCUUGUGUACCUUUUUCCAAAACCAAGAGUUUAAACUUGUAAUUGAUAGGUUUUUUCCUUAAGGCUUGUCAUAGUUAUAAAAUAAAUUUUAAUUCUUUGUGCCUGCAUGUAUGAUAUUCAAAACAUAACCCUGCCGUUCAGUGAUGCAUGUAUUCUGGAGGCAUGUGCCUGUCAUCCAUGAUGAGAAUUCUCUGUUUGCACUGGCCAAGAAACAAACCUUUUACCUUCAUGAUAGAGCAAAUGUAAUGUGUUGCACUAGUGUGUGUCCUCCUAACUGACUGUUAGCCUUGCGUGUGUGCCAGAAUAGCUACACCUUUGUGUACAUUGUUUGUAGUGUGAAUAUUAUGUUCUUCGCUAUUAGUUGGUAAUAAGUAAUGUAAUACACAAGACUUGUACAGGUUUGUGUGUGCAUAUACAUACUCUUUGGAUCCAGCUAAGUAAUUAAACCAUAUAAAUGUUAAUCCAAACCUUCAAUCUUAUUAGGGACAAACUCUAGUCCUGCAGCCAAUGCUGUUCAGCUUGGCCAGUUGGUGACACUGCCAUUCUCCCUCCAUAGCAUGAGGGUAAAGAUCUAAGGAGGCUUUUAUGUUUUUACACAACUAUCCUUUUCCUGUUUCUGGGGGAAAUCACUCUUCAGUGAUUCUAACGUAGACUUGGUGUGACAAGAAGAGUUUCUCUGUAGUGAGGAAGUAGUAGAGAGAGGGUCAAGGUGAAAGCAAGAUUUCCUCUGAGUGCUCUCAAGAGACCAUUUAAAAUUAUGCCCUGCAUGGGCAUAAUUUUCUAUAUUCCUGCAUUUUCCUUUGCCCCAACUUUGUGAAGCAAGUUGACACUCACUAUGUAUACAUGCAGUUUUUGUCAUCAGUUAGUAAGUACAAAGUUAUGAUAUAUUGAGGUGGGAACAGGAAAUAGGACUGUCGUACAGUGCCCAUGGACUUGAGUCGUGCAUAGACCUUUAUAAAAUUAAAUACCUGCAGCACAAUGACAAACUUGUGUGAAAUUCUCACAGUCUGGAGUGCCUCAACUUGAUACAUGUGUACGUCCUGUAUUGGGAGUAUUUGCCCAUAAAAUAGCAUUUAGACAUUCAGUUACGCAUUUUGUGCACCCAAGUGCCCAUUUGGCUUACCUAGUAUAAGCUGAAAAUGGUGGACUGGGAUGUUUGUUUUAAAUCUUCAGAAUCAUAAAACCAGUGAGAGACCUUUAAUUGCAUUCAUGCUGGCUCAUUAAAAUCAAACGCAAUGCUUUGAAAGAUGUUCCACCUAAGAAUGGUGCUUCAGGAAGCUAAAGAAUAUUGCAGAUAGAACCUCCGCAUCUUAAUUGUCCAAGUAGUUUGUUUUUGCAGGGAGAAAUAACUGUAAUAUAUUUGGUACUUUUUCAUGUUUUUCAGUAUAUUACCUUGGGGCAUAUAUGCCCACUACUUUGGAGCAGAUAGAUAUAUAUGAGUGGCAAGACUAUAGAAGAGACCUUUUUUUUUUUUUAAUACCUUACAUUUGGAAAUUGACAUUGAAAUGCCCAACUGGCUAACGUGAUUUGGAAAAAUGUUAAGCACCUACCAUAUUCCAUUGCAGGUAAACAGCCAAUAAAUUAAUUUUCAAAUACAGUUAUAUAGCAUCUCUUUUUGUGAGUUACUGAAAAGCUUAUGGAACUGUACAAAGCAAGUUUUGUUUUAAACAUUUGUAAAGGUCUUAAAGAUAAUGCUCAUAAUAAUUUGCCCUUACCUUCAGCUACCUUAUUAAAGAUUUUUCUAUUAUUUGCACAUUUUUCAGAACAGAUCACAAACGUGAAUAAAGUUACAUUCAGGUUCAUUAAAAAUAUAGCCCUAAAAAUACAUUCAUACUUCAUCUAUCUUUACAUUUUGAUCAGGAGCUAUAUUAUAGAUGGCCAACAAAAUUAGAAAAAAGAUGGCGAUCUGCAUCCCCACAGUGGUGAUUAUUUUAAGCUCCAGUUUACAUCAGAUGAGUUUCUGUAUGCUUGCAUUUGCUCAAAUGCUAUUUUUAAACAAAGUAAUCAAAUAAUGUGAAAUAAUGCAGCCUGGGCUCUGUUAAAUAGGGUUAUAGUACCGCAACGGAAAUGCUGUAUGUCUGUAAUAGUCAUGCUAAAUACGUACUAGCUCUUUACAAAGGCUUUGUAUGAGGUCAGUUACCCUACAAACUCUGAUGUCCCAUAUAAAAUCCUGUUGGAAAACUGCUUUUAUUAGCACUGUAGUAUACGAAAGGGCAAGGCCAUAGACAAAACAAGUUAUAGGAUGCAACAAAAGUGUGUUUGUGUUUAUCUUUGUGCUGGGUUCAGAAUAUAUCCGCUUUGGCAAACUAUUGCAGCAGGGAAAAUGUUUUGUACAAUGCUUAUAAUACAAAGUAAUUUGUCUUUACAUUCUGUAAAGCAGAGAAAUGGUCAAUAUUGGAUAAGUAUAUUGAAGUUUAUUCUUAGCAAGGUUUUGAGUUUCGCAUAUUUAAAUAUUAUGGGAGAAAUAUAUAUUUAUACAGAAGUAUAAUUUUUGAAUGUUUGAGGUUGAUUUUCUUCAGUCAUGAACCAUUUAUUUAUCCACAUUAUGCUUUAUUCCUUUGCUAGCUUGUUUAUCUGUCCAUGCUGUUCCGACAUCCAUUUCUAAUUUGGUUUAGAUGCUUUGAUUCUUUAUUUGCACAAAUCUGGAUGUGCACGCUGUCAGGACCUGAUCGGAAAGUGUAGAGGCAAAACUAUUUUGUCUUUGGUUACCUAGAGCACUAAUAAAAAUUUAAUCAUUAAAUAGUUAUGACAUGGAGAUAGGUCUUGACAUAGUCUUCCUUGGAGCACUGUACAGCAUGAUAAAAACUUUCAGUGAAUCUUACUGUUUCUUGUUCUUAUUUUCAUUUGUCUUUCGUCUUGGUCCAGAAAACCAGGAAGCUGCUGUGUGCUAAUAAUAACCUGCAAUAUUUAUAAUUGCGGGCAUUGCAAACUUUAACGUUCAGCUGUACUAGCCUACUGUGUUCACUGUGAAAUUUUCAACAUGGUAAAAAUUUUACAUGAUCAUUUAACCUUACAAGUUUACUUUUUUUCCUCACUAAUUUAACACUGAACAUUUUUUUUCAUUAUUGCAAAUGAACAACUUGAGCAUAGCGUUUCUUAAUCUUAGCUAUAAUAGAUAAACAUAUCGUAAGCAAAGAUUUUUAACCACUUGAUGAAGGGGGACAGGCACCAUCUAGUGCAAAGCACACUUGGCAAAAUCUUAUCCCCACUGCAGUCAGUGCCAAAAUUCUAACUGAUGUUCGCAAAAAUGAAAUCACCAUUACUAAGGGGUUAAUAUGCUUAGUAACCAUGUGAAGAGGUUAUGGGGGAGCACAACAGUGAUUCUCUAUUUCCAUAUCUUUAUUUCUGUUAAUUUAAAACUACUACUAUUCAAUCUUUAAAAUAAGUAAAGAAACUUGAAGGGGGGAUCAUAUACUACUAGUUUGUACUAGGUUUUUUCAGGAAAAGGAAACAAAUUUAUAUAUAUAUAUAUAUAUAUGCAAUAUAUUUUUACACUGUUUAUUAAUGCUAGAAAGUAUUAAAUGUAUCACUUUAUCAGUGUGAAUGUUAAAGUAAUGACAAUGUUAUGGAUAUUUUAAACCUUUUAAAGUUGUCUUGUUAAAUUCUAAACCCACAGUAACAAUGGAAAAGCUACUUUGUCUACAACAUUAUUGUUGAUGUUUUAGGGAAAAAGUUCAAGUACAGCAGUUGUUUGAUUAGCACUGUAAAAGCUUGGCUUGAAAAGUUGUAGUGAAAUCCAUAUUGUAAACACCAUUUUUUAAAGGAUAGCUUCUCAUAAAGUACGUUUCUGCUGUUGACUGACUGUAUAAAAUUGUAUCUUUAGUUGGUAAAGUGAUCAAUAAAUGUGUUACUACAUCA